UGUACCGAGGCGGAUGCGAGAAACGGGAAGUCAGAGCAGGUCUCCCGAAGCUAGACAAACCGAGCAGAUGACUCUCGGGCUGCCUGAUGGUGAUUUACCCGCACUCACUUCCUAUGAGUUUUUUAUUCGAAUUAACGCGCAAGAAUUCGCCGUGAACCGCGAGACUCGUGACUCGUCCCAUCGAUCUUCCGGCAUCGACGCGUAACAGGCAGGUCUGUUCUCCCUGUCCCUGUUUUUGCUCGUUUCACCUGUUCGGACGCUGCGUCGCGACGCCCGCACGAUCCCAAGCGUCGCGCAAAAUCAGGGCAUUGGGAUGGUCGGAGAGCAAUGACGUGCCGCCCGGGAAUCGUCAACUACCUGUGAACUGACUCGGAAACGUGAAUCGAGACAAAAGUGAUCUGUGAGGGAUGUGCAUUUUUGAUUAUAAGCGUGAUAAUUAUGCGAAUCUGUGGUAAUUAGUAUGAUAGGAGUGUCCCAUAGGAUAUCAAGAGCAAAUAAGGAACGUAUUAUCAAAUAUAAUUGAUGACUAAUUGGAGGAUCAAGAAUUACAGAAAUGAAGUACUUGAAAAUCGUGUUAUUCACGUUCAAUUUAUUAAUAUGGUUGGCCGGCUGCACGGUACUUGUGAUAGGUGUUUGGCUACUUCUGGAGCCCAGCAAGGGACACAUCCUCAAUCUUUUCGUACCUGACGUCAAACCACAUGAGACCAUUAAUCUGAUAGCUUAUAGUCUGCUCGGGCUCGGUUUCAUCGUAAUCAUGGUGAGCUUCUUCGGCUGCCGCGCUGCGUUACGCGGAAAUCAAUGCAUCCUCGCCACCGUGAGUAAAACGGCACUUUUAUUGUCACCCGUAAGUGCGUACCAUUAUAGGCGUCGGGUCAAGGUCAAUGAUGUUUCUGUCGUCGUUCUGUUGUCGCUCUUUUUCCCUCAGUACAUGAGCAUGUUGGUCGCGCUGAUCGUUACGGAACUGGUGACGGCGGCGAUAGGCGGAUUGAUGACUUUCCAGAUCUUGUCAGACUUGGAGAAAAGACUUACCAAUAAACUAGCGGUGGAUUACGGUCACGAUCCGACUAGUGACAUCUCCUUCAGCCAUAGCCUGGACUUUGCGCAGUACAAGUUUAAUUGCUGCGGAAUAUAUAGUGACGACGAUUAUAAUGGCACGGCUUGGUGGAGGGAUGGGCAAAUAUCGGGGAGCAGGAGGCAGGUUCCUCUCACGUGUUGUGUUCUGAAAAAUAUCGAGAAUAAAAAUACAGAUAGUCCGAUGAGCGUCGUUUCCAGAGUAUUUCACAAAAAUCAGAACGAGAAACCAUGGUUAUAUCCACAACCGAAAGAUGAAGCUGCGUGUCAAAUUGAAGAUGAAGAGGGUCAUGAGGGAUACAGACACAAAGAAGGUUGUCUUAGAAAAGUUACGAACUGGUUACAGUGUGAAAGUUUCACGUUAGUGUUUCUCGGCAUGGCAAUGGCAGGAAUACAGACAUUUGGAAUAAUAACGUCCGCCUUCCUCUGUCGAACAAUAAGAGACAUGCAGGAAGAAUGAUCCAUGGUGCGUAGUCUAAACGAAAUGAAGAGAAUGUCAUGGCGCGAUUAUUCUACGCAUUGACAACUUUAUGAAAACAAAUACUUUCGUUUUGUAUUUUCGUGUAUGAUUAUUUUUGAAAAAAAGUUCCAAGAUCCGUUCCAGUGUUGCAAGUAAUCAAGAUCUAGACGAGAAUCGCAAAACUACAACUAGAAAAAUUCGUGGAAAGAAAGUAAUCGAAGAAUCCUCGUUCUAUCUUGUGAACUAUUAGAUCAUUGAAAACUUCGAGAUGAAAAAAGUGCUACGCUGUAGAUUGUAGAUUUUUCCUAUCCUUGCGUGCGUUUUGCUGCGAGUCAGCAAUAAUUAUUGACCAAUAUGAUCCGAUACAGUAUAUAUGUGUAUAUACAAUCAUAAAUGGAUCUUUGACGAGUUCCAUUUGCAUAUUAGCAAAUCAUGAUAUUACGAUGGUAUUACUGAUCUUGCAACCAUUCGGUGAAGAUUGAUAAUGCGAUGUUAUUUUCGCGGCGUUUUAUUACUUUCUAAAUAUACAUAUAUGCCAGGUGUCAUUGAAUGAUAAGAUAUAUGCAACGCGUAUGUGAGUCUUUCGAAUUCUUCUUUUCUCCAUCUGAAAAAUUGACCUGAUUUGAGAUAUAAAAUAAUUUUUUGUAUAAAAUUUGAGUACAGAAAGUUUUAAAAAGUCUUAUUUUUAACGACUUAAUGAAUGAAGUUGUGUAAGUGUGUAGAAGACUCGAUCUAAUCGAUAUAUUUUGUUAAUAGAUUAUAUUAAUUUGUUGAUUUUUUUUUAUUCAUUGAGAAAUAGGAGAAUUAAGAAGAAUUAUACAGGGUGUUUUACAUAAGGGUAAAAACUUUUCGCUCACAAGUAGGUAGAUCUCGUCAAAAUGAAUUAAAAAGUCCUUAAAAAGGCGGUUGAGGCCUUUAUCCUCUCCACUCACAUCAGUCAUGUCAGAACGCGUGCGACGAUUCGCGAGACCAUUCUCACUCCAUCCACACUGCAUGCUACAAAGCACGCUUUCUGGCUUCACUGGUGCCAUCGCGCCCCACUGACAAGGGAACAUCGCAAAGUGGAAAAUUCUGAUUUUGAUGCACCUUUAUACACAUAUAAGGCGAGUUAAUAGAUGAAUUUAGAAAUUAUUCGUUGCGGCCCAAAAACGGUUUUAAGGGGUGAAACCACCCUUCAAACGUAAGCUGGCUUUUUGCUUUUUCUCGAUAUAUCUCGGAAAUUAUUCGAAAUAUCGAAAAAUAUUUUAUACAAAAGUUUCAUGGUAAAACUACUUCUAUUUAACCACCUUAAUAAAAAUUUUUUAAAUAUAAUUUUUUCAAAAAUUUUCCAAAUUAUGUUUAAAAAAAAUUUAUUAAUAUGGUUAAAUAGAAGUAGUUUUACCAUGAAAACCGUUUUUGGGCCGCAACGGAUAAUUUCUAAAUUCAUCUAUUAACUCGCUCUACAUGUGUAUAAAGUUUCAUCAAAAUCAGAAUUUUCCACUUCGCGAUGUUCCCUUGUGAACCGUAAAACAACGAGCGUGAGACCCUCCUACCGACGAGCCCACUAAAGCAUGUACUGAUUCGCUAAUCUUCUUUUAAUAAUAACACGAAAUUUUACGAGGUUGUUUGCAAAGUUGUACAGGACUUUUUAUAUCAAUUUGACGAGAUCUACCUGUGGACGAAAGGUUUUUACCCUUAUGUGAAACACCGUGUAUAAUGACGUUUUCAAUUUCUUAGUUUUAUUAAACAGCUUUCAGAUAAAAAGAUAAAAAAUCUCAUUGUCUUCAUUUAAUAACGCACUAAAUUUUUAUUUAUACGUGUUUAAUUAAUUAGUCUAAUAGUCAAUAUUAAUGUUAUUACUGAAGAUAUUUAUUAAUUUAAUUCUACAUUUUUCGAUUUGAGGAAAAGAUUAAUGAUCGACAUAUAUUGAUCAGAGCCACGGAAUGUCAUAAUAAUAAAUAAAUAUAUAUUAGAUUCUUGUAGAUAUUCAUCCAUUUAAUUUAUAUAUUUGUGAUACAGGCAUAUAUAGAUCAGUGUAAAAAAUGCGUCAUAUAUAUAUAUAUAUUCUCUAAUCAAGAAAACGCUUUCCUCUACAACACUAAUUUUUGAAGAAUAUAUUAUGAUAACUUGUGCCAAAGGAAUUUAUUGUAUAAUAAUUAACAUAAAUUUUAAUAUAUUUUUAUUUUCUCAAUACAAUUGGCCGGAAAUGUUCUACGUGUUUAUAGUAAGCACCUUAAUGAGAUAAUAAAGAUGUCCUCUGUAUAAAAUCGUUACAUUUCGUUACAUUUUAUUUUACAUUCUCAUUAGUUGUGAGAAGUAUAUUAAAUUUUACAUUUAUAUCCUAUCGAAAUCUAGUAAUGUCUCAAAGUUAGACUUAUGCGAUUUACAGAAGCAGUUUAUGCAUUAUAUUACGAAUAUUCUUAAUAAUAAUUUUGAAAAUCGUAAGUAGAAAAUCGAUAUCAAAGACAGAAAAUUACCUGAUAUAUAAAAUAAGAGUUUUGAUGAAUCAAUCAUAUAAAUAUUUUGAUG